AUAGGUAUUCAAUUUUACAAAGUUAACAUAAACGCGUGUGUGUGUGUGAAUAUUUUCAUUUUGAUAUCAAGACUAUGUAAGAAAAUGUUUUGUCCAUACGAAUGGACGAAUACGUCGAUACCUCAAGUCGAAGAAAGCGCUUUUCUUAUAACGGCUGCAGUCAGUUGCUUUCUGUCAAUGAUCGGCGCUGUUGUCAUCAUGAUGACCUACUGUUGCAUGGUGACGAUACGUAAUACUACAAGAAAGCUUGUUACUGUACUAAGUGUGGCAGAUUUCAUCACGUCAGCAGGAUAUAUAUCAGCAAUUGUGGCCCAAAGAUACACUAGAGUGGAUAAACCUUUCUCCGAUACCAUAUACUGCGAGCUGCAAAGCGCUGUUACCACAUAUUCAAGCAUGGUGUCAUUUUUCCUCACUGUUGCUAUUGCCGGAUAUUUGUUCUUGGCAAUCUCUCGGAAAACCGUUGCUGGGAAAAGAUUUUAUUUAGCUUCGAAUUUAGUGUCAUGGAUAGUUCCAGGAAUUGUAAUAGGAGUCGCUCUAAAACAUGACAUGCUGGGUCGUAAUGGCGACGAUCCUAUUGCCACCGGUCCUUGGUGCUGGGUAAAAUGUUUUGAUGAAGACCAAAGACAACAAUCAAAUACACUGUUCUUCAUGCUUUUUGCUGGAAAGUUUUGGGAAAUCAGUUGUUAUAUUCUAACAGCGACAUUUUACGUUCUCCUCAAACUUAAAUUGUAUCUUCAUCAUCGAUUUCACUCGUUGGACCAAUUAAACCCAGACUUGAGAUCCGAUGAUAGGAAUUUUCUGUAUGUCUGGCUGGUAUUGCUAGCAGUUCGGAUUUGGGGAACCAUUAGGUUUUUAAUCACUGCAAUCUCGACAAACGACAUACUUCAAGGUAAACAAUUCGACACGGUGAUAUUAUAUCUUCAGGCGUUUGGCGAUCCGUCGCAGGCGUUCUUUAAUUGCAUUCUAUUCUGCCUGUUUGACAAAGAGGUAAGAGGCCGGAUUGUCCAUGCUAUGACAUGUAGUGUACCCAUCGAGAUCAGUGCGUCUAAAGAGCCUGACGGUACUUCCAGCCUGUCUUCCUUUGGCCAAAGUGAUUAUAAAAGCCAAAGAUCGGACCCAUCAGCAGCGAUGUCAGAAAGAGCAAAACUUCUUAACAAAAAGAAUCCUGGACAUGAAAAGCUCUAUCAGUCAGUUAACUGUCAUUGGAGCGAAUCAAACGAGCAUUCAAUGUGAACCCUCUUGCGUUGUAGGUGCAUGACCGCCAAGUAUAUAAUUUCACGUAAAUGCAAUACUGCUUCUGUUCAUUAACGUUGUGUUUUAAUGCAGUACUACAUACAUAAAAAGCUACAUUUGUACGAAAACAAACUUUAUUAAAGUGCACAAACAAUAUACUUAUACAACGGUGUUCACCAGACGGAAGUACUUCUUGAGAUUGGAAAAACAUGUUAAAGAAACAAUUCUGCAUUUGUGUUCAUAAACUUUGUAUUUGAGUGCAAUUUUACCCCUUUGUAAAUAUUGUUACAUUUUAAAACUUUGCUCCUUAUGUUUUUUUAUGGUUAUUAUUGAUAUUUGAAAUAAUAAAAUCAGGCAUGAGCUGGAGCACGAACG